AUGAUGCAAGCUGGUGACUUUGCUACAUUCGGCAAAAGAAUCGUUCGUAAAUUGACCACUAAGGAAGGUCUUCUCGGUGAUUACGAUUAUGGCUAUCUUUUCAUUCCUGACAUCCCAUUCAAAAAAUCACCCCCAAAGACUCAACCUUUUUUCGGGUUGAACUCUGAUAUGCCCAUUGUAUUGGGUAUGAUCUUGGGUUUCCAACAUGCCUUGUCAAUGCUUGCUGGUGUUGUCACUCCUCCUAUCAUUAUUGCUGCUACAGCAAACUUGUCAACAGAAAUCCAAGAAUACUUGGUUUCUUCAUCUUUGAUUGUUUCUGGUAUCUUAUCUUGUAUCCAAAUCACCAGAUUCCACAUUUACGGGACUCCUUACUAUGUCGGUACAGGUUUACUUUCCGUCGUUGGUACCUCCUUCGCUACUAUUACUAUUGUUACCAAAGCCAUCCCUCAAAUGUACACCAACGGUGUCUGUGAAGUCGUUGAUGGUGUUAGUCAAGCUUGUCCUGCGGCUUACGGUCACAUUUUGGCUUCUGGUCUUGUCUGUUCGCUUUUGGAAAUCUUGUUGUCGUUUCUCCCAGCUGCUGUGUUAGAAAAAGUUUUCCCUCCAAUUGUCACUGGUCCAGUCGUCUUACUUAUCGGUGUCUCCCUUAUUGAAUCCGGUUUCGAAGAUUGGGUUGGAGGUUCUGGUUGUAUUGGUGAAACUUGUGGAACUGCUCACCCUUUGCCAUAUGGUUCAGCUGAAUUCAUCGGUUUGGGUUUCUUAGUUUACGUUUCCAUCAUCAUUGCUGAAAAAUUCGGUUCUCCAAUUAUGAAGUCUUGUGCUGUUAUUCUUGGUUUACUCGUUGGUUGUAUCGUUGCUGCUGCUUGUGGGUACUUUUCUCCAGAUUCCAUUAGAGUCGCCCCAGCUGCAACCUUCAUGUGGGUUCACACUUUCCCAUUGAAAGUUUACGCUCCAGCCGUUUUACCGUUUUUGGCGGUGUAUAUAGUCUUGAUGAUGGAAGCUAUUGGUGAUAUUACUGCCACUUCUGAUGUUUCUAGAUUAGAAGUUGAAGGUGAAUUGUAUCAAUCCAGAAUUCAAGGUGGUAUUCUUGCUGAUGGUUUCAACGGUUUACUCUCCGGUUUAAUGACUGUAACUCCAAUGUCUACGUUCGCGCAAAACAAUGGUGUUAUCUCAGUUACCAAGUGUGCCAACAGAAAGGUUGGUUACUGGUGUGCAUUCUUCAUGAUUGUUAUGGGUAUUUUCGCAAAGUUUGCAGCUGCAAUUGUGUCUAUCCCAUCGGCAGUUCUUGGUGGUAUGACCUCAUUCUUGUUCACAUCUGUUGCAGUUUCAGGUAUGAAAAUUAUUUCCACCACUGAAUUCACCAGAAGAGACAGAUUCUUACUUACUGCAUCAUUAUUAAUGGGUUUCGGUUCAACUUUGGUUCCAGACUGGUUUUCCUACGUAUUUACCUACUCUGGUAGUAAUAGUGCCCUCCAAGGGUUCCUUGAUGCUAUCGUAUUGGUUAUGGAAACUGGGUUUGCCAUCACUGGUUUCCUUGGUGUUAUCCUUAACCUUAUUUUGAAACAAACAAGUGAUGAAAUUGAAGAAAUCAAUGAAGUUGUAUUGGAAACCGUUGGCUCUGCCGAUGAUCAUGGAAUGGAAGUUUACGCUGAAAAGGAAGGAAUUACUUUAGAAGCUUUAAGAUCUAACAUCGCUUCCAUUUCUUCUCACAAACAGGAAUAA